AUGACGACGACAGCAGUCCCUGGCUCGAUUUCAACAGCUGCCUCUGCCGCCGCCACAGCCCCUUCGCUGUCGCCUGCACAAGCUUUCCGAAGAUUCCACCAGACCUGCCAGCGCCUCCGAUGGACGGCUGUCGACCUCGAAAACUCAUACCACCGUGCGCACUCCCCGCAAGACAGCGGCUUCUCCGCCGAUGACGCCGAGGUCAAUUUCAAGAUUGACUUUCACGAAUUCUACAUGCGUAUUGAGCAGGCUCUCGUGCUGGUUCUCCUCGUGUAUGGCGUCAGCGUACCUCGCGGCUUCGGCGGGCCAAGGGGCCAGGCAACCCAUAGUUACCACCACAACGUGCUGCUGGCGUUGGGCGAGGAAGACAAUCCGCUGCGAAGCGCGCUGGGCACCGGUGAUGUAAACUCUGCGCUGUGGAAGGCCAAGGAGCUGCGGAAUCGGUGGAAAGAUGCGGCGGAAGGAGAAACGACGCCGCUAGGAAUGUACGACUUGUCGUGGAUUAUAGGACGCAUCAUUGAGGGACUGGGCGUCGCAUACAAAAUGGCGGCUGCGAGGGUCGAAGAGUUAAAGGUGGAAGCCAAUGGCAAUGCUGGCGAUGGCGCCGAUGGAAGCAAUGGCGCCGAUGACAACACAUGGGGGUGGAUGAUGGCAGACCCCAUGGACUUGGAGCCGUAA